AUGGUUCUCCACUGCAAAUUCUGCAGUAAAAAAUACCCUACUCAGAAACAGGUCAAGUCGCACCAGUGGCAAUGUAGGAACAACCCAGGACGCAAGAAGAGUAUUCCCGGGAAAAGGAAAUGGCGCGGAGAACAAAAGACAACACCAGGCCUCCGAGAUUCUGGCUUACCCAACGAUGGACUGGAGAGCGAUUUUGAGAUGGAGGAUCUUUCCGAUGGGGAUGAUAGUCCAAGAGACGCCAGCAUGAGAGGGAGUGAGCCAGAGGAUGCAGGGAUAGAGAUUGCGCAAGCUGACAAUGUGGAGAAUUCUAACCUUGAUGACGAAAACUUCGAUUUUGGCGACACGAGGUCCGCCCAUUCCCUGUCUCAGGCGCCGUUUGCAGCUGGGGCGUCUCGUGGUCCGACUCGGAUAGGCGCCGAUGAGCCAAUGGCGCCUGCCCCUGGCGCUCUCAUCUCCCGUGCACCAUCCCCAGCUCCAGAGUUAUCGAGUCAGACUUCUGAUAGCAGUCACUCAGGCGGCACCAAUGACGGGGGAUACUACACAGAACCCAAUUGCUACAAGAUCUUCCGGUACUACCCUCACGGAAAACCCUCCUAUAUCCCCGAUCAAUUUGUAACCCUCAACGACAUUGCGGAUGCACCUACAUUCGCUUCAUCACAUCGCGUUCCACCCCCUCAGCCAUCGUCGUCAGCCUCUACCACAUCAGACUCUACCCUAUUUCCAAACGAGACCACCCACAUGAUGAUGAACUGCCCGAAUUUCAAUCUCGAUGACGCGAGGGCUAUCCAGGUCAAGACAGAGCUUCGUCGAAUAGAUAAAUUCCGAAGCGGACCUGCCUCCUUAAUUCCUGCACCUGAUCCAUGGCUGGAGGGAUCCACGACAUUCCGCAUGGCUGCUUCUGUCGUCAAGUCGGCCCUCCAGGAGCCCGCUGCGGAGAGGUUCCACCUUUUCCCGUACCGAGAAUUCUUGCUCAAACACGGCACAUUCCCCCCAACAUCUCCUCACCAGACUGACGAGCUCUUUUCGGAGCUCUACACCUCACCAGCCUUUCACGAUGAACAUCAAAAACUAGUAGACUCUACACCGCCAGGGGAGCUUGAGCCUGUGGUCAUUGCCAUUGCCCUCUAUUCUGAUGGAACCCAUUUAACCAGCUUCGGCAGUGCGACACUCUGGCCGAUUUAUCUCUACAUUGGGAACCAGUCGAAAUACGAGAGGGCAAAACCAUCAUCAUUCUCCGCCCAUCAUCUCGCGUAUAUCCCGGAACUUGACAAGACAUACGAAAAGGCUUUUUUCGAAGCCUUUGGGAAGCUCCCUAUUGCAGAGGAGAUGACACAUGCUCGUCGGGAGUUCAUUCAGGCAAUCUGGCUAUUCCUACUCAACCCUGACUUUAUGGUGGCUUACGAGCAUGGUGUUGAGUGGGAGUUUGCUGAUGGCGUUGUCCGUCGGUGGUUUCUAGGGAUGGUCAAGGGGUUUUAA